GCCCCGCGCGGGCCACGCAGGCCGCGGGCACGUGAGAGACGCUGCGCGUGAGCGCGCUCCCUCCUGAGGGGAAAGCCGUGCGUGUGAGCGGGACCUGGAGCGUGAGGGGAAUUGCAGAAGUGUAAGGGCUGAGUGUGUGAGGAAAGACGCCGCGUGUGUGUGUGUUUGUGUGAGAGAAAGAGAGAGAGUUGGUCUGAGGGUGACUCUGAGUGUGCGAGACGCGGAGUGUGAAGGUGACGCUGUGUGUGAGAAGAGACCCUGGGCGUGAGCAUGACUCCCAUGAGUGGGCGAGAGACGGAGAGAGGAGAUGGUGAGAGGCCGUGAGUGUGAGAGAGACCGCGGUCAGAGUGGCCCCGAGUGUGGCCCUGGGAACACGAGAGAGAGCGCAUGUGGGUCUCAUUCUGGGAAAGAACCUGUGCUGCGUGGGAGAGAUUCAAACUGAGCAAGGCUCACGGGGCAAGACUGAGCAUGUGAGCGCCUGAGCCGAGCUCUCUGGGAGGCCCUGGGGGGCGGACAGGCUCCUGUUGGACUUGGAGUCUAGCCUGUUGAAGGGAGGACGGUGUGCUCGGCUUAGUGUCUUCAUAUCCCGUCAUCUUGUUGGAUCAUCUCAUGUUAAAUGGAAGACGAUAUUUGUGAAGCAUUCAGAGAACUCUUCACUAAGCACUGAGGAAACUGUCCGGGCACCACUUGUGUUAUAGGCAGUGAUAAGCAGGAAUCAAUAUUUAAUUUAACAUUUGUUUUUGGAUACCUCUGUGUGCACUGGUCUGUGCUUGGUAAAAAGAAUUCAAUCUCUGUCUGCCCUUGAUGGGGGCAAAAAAAAAAAAAAAAUACUGCCAACAAAUCUAGCGCCCGGUGGCAGAAAGUUCAGCCAACUGCUGCUUAUCUCUCAGGACUGAUGCCUGAUUUUGAAGAUCUGGGAGGAACAGACUUUUGAAAACCUAGAUUAAUUCGACAAGACAGACACUUGGAAUUAGGUCUGACUGGGGAGACUUCAUUUUCUUCUUUAUGCCUGACCAUUUAUGAUGAAGUGGCUUGUGAAAGUGUGAUGGUUGCUUAUUUCCUCACAGAUCUGUCAGUUUUUGCUUCAUGUAUUUUGAAGCUAUCCUGUUGGAGGAGAUACACUUUCAGAAUUUUCUUCUUGUGGUUCCAUCGUUCUCCUCCUGCCACAGAGCACUUUCGAAAAACAAAGGUUGAACAGGCAAGCAGCAGUGUGGGAAGUAAGGCUGUAGUAAACACAGGUGAAAGAAGCAGUUGCCAUGGAAGCCAGGGAGCUGGAGAGUCCCACACCCACAUACCAUCUCGUUCCUGAGGCCAGCCAGCCUAGGGAGGAAGAAGGUGACCGCAUGCUGCCUCAGCAGGCCACAGAAACUAUGCAGCUGAAGAAGGAGAUCUCUCUGCUGAAUGGCGUCAGCUUGGUGGUGGGCAACAUGAUCGGCUCAGGAAUCUUCGUCUCACCCAAGGGCGUGCUGGUCUACACUGCCUCCUAUGGGUUGUCACUGGUCAUCUGGGCUAUUGGUGGGCUUUUUUCCGUUGUGGGUGCCCUUUGCUAUGCAGAACUGGGGACCACCAUCACCAAAUCUGGAGCCAGCUACGCUUAUAUUCUUGAGGCCUUUGGGGGCUUCAUUGCUUUUAUCCGCCUCUGGGCCUCACUGCUAAUUGUUGAGCCCACUGGUCAGGCCAUCAUCGCUAUCACCUUUGCCAACUACAUCAUCCAACCUUCCUUUCCCACCUGUGAGCCCCCGUACCUCGCCUGCCGUCUCCUCGCUGCAGCCUGCAUGUGUCUGCUGACAUUUGUGAACUGUGCCUACGUCAAGUGGGGCACACGUGUGCAGGACAUGUUCACUUACGCCAAGGUCCUGGCACUCAUUGCCAUCAUUGUCAUGGGCCUUGUUAAACUGUGCCAGGGACACUCUGAGCACUUUCAGGAUGCCUUUAAGGGUUCCUCCUGGGAUGUGGGAAACCUCUCUCUUGCCCUCUACUCUGCCCUCUUCUCUUACUCAGGUUGGGACACCCUUAAUUUUGUAACAGAAGAAAUCAAAAACCCAGAAAGAAAUUUGCCCCUGGCCAUUGGGAUUUCUAUGCCAAUUGUGACGCUCAUCUACAUCCUGACCAACGUGGCCUAUUACACAGUGCUGAGCAUUUCUGAUGUCCUUGGCAGUGAUGCUGUGGCUGUGACAUUUGCUGACCAGACGUUUGGUAUGUUUAGCUGGACCAUUCCCAUUGCUGUUGCCCUGUCCUGUUUUGGGGGCCUCAACGCAUCUAUCUUCGCUUCAUCAAGGUUGUUCUUUGUGGGCUCCCGUGAGGGCCACCUCCCGGAUCUCCUGUCCAUGAUCCACGUUGAGCGUUUCACACCUAUCCCUGCUUUACUGUUUAACUGCACCAUGACACUCAUCUACCUCACUGUGGAGGAUGUUUUCCUGCUCAUCAACUACUUCAGUUUCAGCUACUGGUUCUUUGUGGGCCUUUCUGUCGCUGGACAGCUCUAUCUUCGCUGGAAAGAGCCUGAUCGGCCACGACCUCUCAAGCUGAGCCUGUUUUUUCCCAUCGUGUUCUGCGUAUGCUCCUUGUUUCUGGUGAUCGUGCCCCUCUUCAGUGACACCGUCAAUUCCCUCAUUGGCAUUGGAAUCACCCUCUCUGGGGUCCCUGUCUACUUCCUGGGUGUUUAUCUGCCAGAGUCUCGGAGGCCACUCUUUAUUCAGAACGUCCUUGCUGCUAUCACCAAAGUCACCCAGAAGCUUUGCUUUUGCGUCCUGACUGAGCUAGAUGUAGCUGAAGAGAGACAGGUUGAGAGGAAAACUGAGUAGAGGCCAGAGGUGAUAUCCCCCAAGGCCUGGAAGGCUGCUACCUGUGGCCACAGCCACCAAAGUCCAGAUUACAAGACUGUGUGGACCCAACCCUUUUGUGCUAAAGGAGGGCUGUUGGCCCACAUUAUGUAAGGGGGCUCAGGGCUGAUGGCCUGCUCAGGUGUUCACUCUCAUCGGUAAGCUAUGGGAGGAAUCUCAGGGUUUGGGGCCAGCCUGAAGGUGGGGACUUCAGAGGGUGGUGGUGGGAAGAGGACUUGGGCAGUAGGGAAAGGGUGGUUCAGUUUUGUUCUGGUGAGUAGGUACAGCCCUUCCAAACACUUACUUGGUGAGUUGCACUGGGGGAAGAGGGAGUGCUAGGUUAACAGCUGCGGCUGUUGGUUUCUGAAUUUGACAUUUGAACCAGUUUCUCUGAAGGGGCUGCUCUAUGGGAAGUUUUCCUCUGACCAGGUCCAAGCACCUGACUUUAGAGGUCUGAAAUGCUACCAUUUCUUCCUCUGGCUCAGAAUCCUUCCUUGGGGAGAGGGUUGUCUUCCAUUAUUUAUUGAUAUUAUUUAAUCCAGAAUACCAGUUCCAGCAAAGCAUUUGUCUUCAUUAAUUUACAGGAUGUAAUAGGCUGGUUGUAUUUAAAAAUUGAAAGUACCCCAAAGUGAGUCCCUCUAACCUUAGAGGUAUCUAUGUGGUGGUUGGUGAGACUCUGACCACAGAUUUUUUUUGCUUAGUUUUAGCACAGUCUUCUGUAAAGAUUUUUUUUUUUUUACUCCUGUACCAGUUACACUUUAGUAUGUAGAUAGGCCACAUGUUAACAAUCACCUGGCUCAAGUCCAGCAAGGACAGAUGAACAAAUGCAAGAGUCAGAAGCCUGGUAAAACUGCUACUUUGAAGGCUAAUCUUUAUUUUACUUGAGACCUUAGUUCUUUGCUCUAGUUGGCAAAUCCCUGGUUUCUGGUAUGAAGUCUAAGAAGGCAGAAACUAUCCUAGGAUUCGGUGAGUCACUUGAAUUCUUUCAGCUGUCAAUGGCUUAGAGACAAUUUCCGGGACCCAAGCUGACAAGUAAGUUGUUCCUCUCUGUAAGGGCUGCUAUGAGGGACUGCUGUGCAGACCCAUGCAAGCCCAUUGUGGUGCUAGAAGCGGUCAUUUUCCUGGAAACCUCACAUCAGGCUGCAUCCUCCUCCUUGUCCCCGACACCAGGCUUUGUUUACAUUCUGAGCCACCUUGGUGUGGGUCAUCGGGACAAUGCACUCCUCUUCUGCCUGCCUCCCCUUGCCUGAGGUUUGGGGGGGCUGCAGUCUCAAGAAGAGCUUGGUACUUGUGGGAACUUGUUUUCUCCCUGUGGACAUCAGUGACGACUGUGGAAUAAAGCUGCUUCAACCUCCA